AUGUCUACAAUAUCAAACUUUCCUGUUUCUGCCUCUCAUAACAGUUUGAACAGCUGUAAGGGGAUCAUUCGAGACAGAAGUCAAUACCUUGGUGACCUUACCGUGGAAGAAAUCGGUGAGGAACUUUCAAGCCAAGUUGUAACUAAUGUUAUUAGAUUUCAAAUUAAAAAGAAUGGAAAUAUAAUCAAAUUAAAUACUUAUCUUUUGACCUUUAGAACUCCAACUCCUCCUCCAUCUAUUACUUUAGGUUGCUUCGGAAUCAGAGUUGACAUGUUUAUCCCAAACCCAAUUCGAUGCUUUACUUGUCAAAAGUUUGGUCAUGGAAGCAAACAAUGUCGUUGUAAGCAGAGAUGCUUCAAGUGUUCUGACGAAGGACACGAGGGAACAAACUGUCACUCUGAAUCUUCUAAAUGUGUAAACUGUGGUGAAUCCCAUUUUUCAUCGUCUAGGGACUGCCCUGUUUAUCUUAAAGAAAAAAAUAUUAUUAAAAUUAAAACAGAAAGAAACAUUAGUUACCCAGAAGCUAAACAGAUAGCUUCUGUUUCGAAUGAUCUCCUUGUUUCAAACAGACCAUCCGGUGAAUCUGUCUGGGAUCUUCCCAGUGACAUAGAUGAUUCUUCCACCUCCAAAAGUCUUCCUCCAUCUGCAUCCAAGAAGGUAUCUUCUUCGUCCAGUACACAGUCUACCAGAGCCCCAUCUCCUCUUCGUUCUCAAGAAAAGAAGGAUGUCCAAAAGAAGCCAGGAAAUACAUCCUCUCAGAAGUCUUCUGAUUCGAGGUCGCGGGGUAGGGGUCGAGGCGGAGUAACACCAGCUGCGCGUAGUCCUGGAGAUCGACGACUCUCCUCGCACAACAGAUUUUCAACACUUAUCAUCGAAACUGAAAUGGAAACCGAAAGUGUUCCGCCACCCGAAAGAUCACGAUCUCAGGGUGAGCGAAAUAAGAAUGCUGGCAAACUCGACAGCAUUCGCCCUUCUUUUAUUAAAUAA